GAGCUUUUCCCUACUCUCUCCGCAUCCACCUCCCCAAACAGUCCCAUUGAGCACGUAUUUGUCCUCAAUCUGACAUUUCAAAAUGUUCGCUCGUCAAGCUUUCCGCUGUUCUCAGUCCCUGAAGCAGGGCUUCCGCAAGUACUCCACGGAGGCGCCCAAGGCCAAGGCCUCCUUGGCUCCUAUCUACGUCGGUGUCGGUCUUGCUGGUCUUGGUGUUGGUUUGUACCGCUACAACUCGGCCUCCUCUGCCACCGCCGAGGCCCCCGUCGUCCGCGAGAAGGUUUUCAAGGGUGGUGACCAGGGAUGGUUCGACCUGAAGCUGUCCGAGAUUGAGGUUCUCAACCACAACACCAAGCGUCUGCGCUUCGAGUUCGAGGACAAGGAGGCUGUCUCUGGUCUCCAGGUUGCCUCUGCUCUCUUGACCAAGUUCAAGCCCGUCGAUGCUAAGGCCGUGAUCCGCCCUUACACUCCCACCAGCGAUGAGGAGACUCCCGGGUACAUCGACCUUGUCGUCAAGGUCUACCCCGACGGAGCCAUGUCCAACUACCUGCACAACAUGAACGUCGGCCAGCGCCUGGACUUCAAGGGUCCCAUCGUCAAGUACCCCUGGGAGACCAACAAGCACAAGCACAUCACCCUGAUCGCCGGUGGCACCGGUAUCACCCCGAUGUACCAGCUGGCCCGUGAGAUCUUCAAGAACCCCGAGGACCAGACCAAGGUCACCCUCGUGUUCGGCAACGUGACCGAGGAGGACAUCCUCCUGAAGAAGGAGUUCGAGGAGCUCGAGAACACCUACCCCCGGCGCUUCCGGGCCUUCUACGUCCUGGACAAGCCCCCCAAGGAGUGGACCGGUGGCAAGGGCUUCAUCAGCAAGGAGCUCCUGAAGACCGUCCUCCCCGAGCCCAAGGAGGAGAACAUCAAGAUCUUCGUCUGCGGUCCCCCCGGCCUGUACAAGGCCAUCAGCGGCCCCAAGAAGAGCCCCGCCGACCAGGGCGAGCUGUCCGGAGUCCUGGCCGAGCUGGGCUACAGCAAGGACCAGGUGUUCAAGUUCUAAGCCAGCUGUAUAUGAUAACCAUGAAGCUCUCUCUGUUUCGUUUCGGCGAUUGCUCUCCCCCACGGAGAUUCGAAUGUGGACCCCCUGUGGGGGUUUUAGAAGGCACGUCCUUGUUAUAUUAGAGACCUUGGAUUAGCGAGCAGUGAUUUUUCCUGCGAGCAGGCGCGAAAUGAUAUACCUAGCUUUGAUCUUUCAA